AACAAACAUUUCAGUCCAAAGCCCAAUCACUACCCAGAACACAGACAUCACCGUAACAGCGCGCACAUUCGAGAUCGCAAUCAUGGCGGAAGAACCGCAGAAGCGGAAGUCCGUUGCCUUCGCCGAGGGUCAGACGAUUGUCGACGGCGAAGGCAACGUAACCCAUGCCACCAAUGGAGUUCACGAUGGCGACAAGGACUCCGCCGAAUCACACAGCAAACCAGAGACCAAUGGCGACGACAAGGAAGUCGAUGAGGUGACGGCCAUGUUCGAGGGAUUGGCUAAAAAGAAAAAGAAGAAGUCUUCGAAGAAGGACAAGGAGGACGCCGAGGAUGCUGCUGCAGAGGAGAAGGCGGCAGAUGAUGGCGAGGUCGACCUCUCGGCGCUGAAGAAGAAAAAGAAGAAGAAGGUGAAGGCACCUGAAGACGACUUCGAGAAACAGCUGGCUGAGGCCGGCGCCACGGAAGACAAGGAGGAAGAGGCUGAGAAGGAAUCCGGCGAGAGUGGUCUACAAGACGGCGACAUUCACGGCGGCACCGGAGUGUGGAAACAUGAUGAGACGAAACCCAUCAGCUACGAGAGCUUACUCCACCGAUUCUUCGUCCUCCUACACGACUCACAUCCAGACCUUGCUUCUGGCGGAGGCAAGAGCUACAAGAUUCCACCUCCACAAUGUCUUCGUGAAGGUAACAAGAAGACCAUCUUCGCCAACAUCGCCGAUAUCUGCAAGAGAAUGAAGCGGACGGAUGAGCACGUGACGCAGUUUUUGUUCGCUGAAUUGGGUACAAGUGGUUCCGUGGACGGAAGCAGAAGAUUGGUCAUCAAGGGUCGGUUCCAGCAGAAGCAGAUUGAGAACGUCCUGAGACGGUACAUCAUGGAGUACGUUACCUGCAAGACCUGCCGUUCACCCGACACCGAGCUCAACAAGGGAGAGAACCGUCUCUAUUUCGUCACCUGCAACUCAUGCGGUUCUCGUCGCUCUGUCACCGCCAUCAAGACUGGUUUCUCUGCCCAAGUUGGCAAGCGCAAGCGUAUGCAAGGUUAAGCGCUUUUUGGAUGACCUGGUAUGUUUUAUGUAUGCUAUACGCUUCCCUUGAUCGUGCAAGUUGUUUCCUGGUGUGCAGGCGGAGCCUCUGGGACGAGCAUGAGAGGCGUUCUGGGAACGAAGCAUUGAGCGGCAUGACCGGAGGCAUUAGAUAGCUCAAAAUGGGAGCUCGGUUUCGUAU